GCAACACUACAAUGCUAGUCAAUGUGCGGGAACUCUUCCACGUAAAAAGGCCGUUGGGAGGCAACAUCCAUCAUCAUUCACUUUAGGCUGCACUCUUCUGCCUUUUUUAACACUCUUUUCUUCCCUCGUCUCUCUCAAUCUUCACCCAAUCUUCUCCAUCUUCGUUGCCAUCAUCUUAUAGCUCCUCGCUCUACUUUCUCCCAUACCCUGCCUGAUAACAUUCCCGACUCAAGCUUAUCAAGUGACGUAUCCUUGCGGCCAUAAUGAGGGUGAUUAUUAGAGAGACUCCCAAGGAGGUGUCCGAGUACAUCGCCGAUUAUAUCAUCAGCCGCAUCAAGUCCUUCAAACCCACCGAAAGUCAGCCCUUCGUUCUCGGCCUUCCUACUGGCAGCAGCCCCGAGAUCAUCUACAAGAUCCUUGUGCAGCGUUACAGGGCAGGUGAAAUCUCGUUCAAGAAUGUGGUGACCUUUAAUAUGGACGAGUAUGUCGGGCUGCCUCGUGAUCAUCCGGAGUCCUACCAUAGUUUCAUGUAUAAGAACUUCUUUUCGCACGUCGACAUUUCACCUGACAACAUCAAUAUCCUUGACGGGAAUGCUCCUGACCUUGCUGCCGAAUGUGCUUCCUUCGAGGCACGCAUUGCUCGCUAUGGUGGCAUUGAACUAUUCCUUGGCGGUGUUGGAUCGGAUGGACAUAUUGCAUUCAACGAGCCGGGAUCUUCCCUGAGCAGUCGCACCCGUGUGAAAACCUUGGCUUACGACACGAUUCUGGCGAACUCUCGGUUUUUCGGUGAGGAUUUGAACCAGGUGCCCAAGAGGGCCUUGACUGUGGGUAUCCAGACAAUCAUGGAUGCCCGAGAGGUUGUCAUUGUGGCCACUGGUGCGCAUAAAGCACUCGCAGUGCAGAAGGGCCUUGAAGGCGGCAUCAACCACAUGUGGACCCUUUCGGCUCUGCAGCUACACAGACAUCCUCUUAUUGUGUGCGAUCGCGAUGCUACACUAGAGCUGAAGGUCAAGACGGUCAGGUAUUUCGAAUCAAUCGAGGAGACUGGCACAGAUGCGCGAACCCAAGGCCCACCUCUCGUUUACAGACCAAGGACCUAUGUUCCUGCGCCAUUAGGCGUUGUCAAGACACAGCAGCAGCCCACGCCGCUUGCAACUCCGGAGAAAGUGCCGAAAGACCUGAAGAUCAAUACACAACUCCAUCGGUCUAUGGAGGAUGAUGAACUUACGCCGGACAGCAUGUCUUCCCGAAUUGUCGACUCUGCUGUGGGACUAGAUACAUACCUUCAGGGCGAUCUGAAAUUUGAUCCGAUGAGCGCGAGAAUCGCAAGUGCCAACUAAAUAAAUUGAUGAAAAGGAUUCGGGUUAUACGGUUUUAUUCUUCUUUUCUUUCUUGGACUUUACUUAUUCACUGAUUACUUUCAACUUUGCGUCCCGACAUGUGAUAUCAGACGCAUCCUUUAUUCUUUUAUUUUUUUUCCAUAUGGGUGGAAUGGCUUUUGCUUUUCAAUUGUUUCAAUUUUCGGUACAAUUUGCUUUGCCCAUUUCAUGGCAAAAUAACACACGAUACUUGCAUAUGUACGGAGUAGAUAGGUUGAUAGGUUUUAUAAUGCUUUUUCUUGCUAUGCGGACAUGUAUUGUGCGCACCUGGUUACAAUAGGGCGUUGAUAUAUUAUGAUAUAUUUGAAUCUGCUCUGGAUAUGCUUAAUAUUACUGGAGCAUUUGAAUGUUACCUCUUCGCUCAGGAAAGCCAAUAUAUA